AUGUCUCAGGCGAUGUCCGGCGGUGGUGGUGGCGGCGGUGGCGCGGGGCAGUUCGGCGACACGACGUUCACCAAGUUGUUCGUGGGGGGCCUUGCGUGGGAGACGCACAAGGAGGGCAUGCGGGCCUACUUCCAGCAGUUCGGCGACAUCCUUGAGGCCGUCGUCAUCACCGACAAGAACACCGGCAGAUCCAAGGGAUACGGAUUUGUAACUUUCGGUGAGCCAGAGGCGGCGAUGAGAGCUUGCAUCGAUCCGUACCCGGUGAUUGAUGGAAGGAGGGCCAACUGCAAUCUUGCCUAUCUCGGCGUCAACAAAUCCAAGACAGCACUGCUGCCUCCCUAUCUGCAACCAUAUGCUCAUGUUUACGGGGGAGGCAGCAACAACAUGCGGGCAACAAUGAAGUCCUUUCAAACAGCUGGUGUUGGUGGUGCCAGCCCGAUGAGCUUCGUCCCGGCGGCCGAUCAUGGCAUCCAGCAAGGAUUUCCUACUUACAGUGUGUACGCCGGGUACUCUCCCUAUUUCUUGGACUACGGCUAUCCGCUGAGCUACUAUCAGCCCUACGCUGGUCUGCAGCAGGGAGCCCAGCUACAGCAGUACGCCGUCUUGGGCAGCGGAGGAGCAGCAGCGACGGUGCCGGCGGGGCUAACAAUGGAGGCGGCGGCGGCGGCGGCGGCGGCCAACCCGUCCGGACUGUACCCCUACUUUCAGUACGGUCCGGCGAGCGCGGCGGCCGCUGGUGGGUACAGCAUGGUGCAGUACCCCCAGUUGUACCAGUACGCUGCUGCGGCUGCGGUGGGUGCCACGGCGGCGGCGACCACCCUGGCCGCUGGCGUUGCCGGCGGCCUCCAGCAGUACGGCGGCGCGGUGGCGUUUACUCCUAAUUCCAUUGCCCAAGCAGGCAUGACAAUGUCUCUGACAUCUCCAACUCUGGCAGCACCGACAGCGCAGCAGUACCAAUACUGCAGACUGGUUCCUUCUCCCCUGGCUGCUGCAGCACCCGAUCAGAAGCCCAGCUUGGCCUAG